AUGCUGCUUGCCGUCUUAAAAUUUACACUCUUUCUGCCCUGGUGCCUUGCUCUCCCAGUGCCUCCAACUACAGACCUUAAAGGAUGGGACUUUGUUAAGGACUAUUUCCAUCGCUUUUUCAUGACCAAGAAGGAGUCACCACUCCUUACCCAGGGAGAACAGAUACGGUUCCUGCAGCAGUUCUUCAGUCUGAACGUGACAGGCCUACUAGACAAGCAGACACUGGCUGUGCUGCACCAACCCCGCUGUGGGGUACCUGAUGUGGCUUACUACUCUGUCUCUCCAGAAAGACCUAAAUGGAAUGAGCACACUCUGACCUACAGGAUUAUCAAUUACCCAUAUGGUUUGAAGACAUCCACAGUGAAAGAUAUUAUGCAUGCAGCAGUUUCCAUCUGGAGCAGUGUGACCCCCUUGGUCUUUGAGCAAGUGGAGCAUCAAGAUGCAGACAUCAAGAUUUCUUUCUGGACCUUGGCUCAUGGAGAUGGUUUGCCCUUUGACGGACCAGGUGGUGUUUUAGGCCAUGCUUUUUUCCCACAUUCUGAGACUCCAGGAGUUGUCCACUUUGAUAAGGAUGAACAUUGGUCAACGUCAUACAGGGGGAUUAAUCUAUUCCUGGUUGCUACUCAUGAGCUAGGUCACACUCUGGGCCUGUAUCACUCUGGGAAUCCAAACUCCAUAAUGUACCCCACCUAUGAGUACAAGGACCCCAGAACCUUCCACCUCAGUCUUGAAGAUAUCCGAAGAAUCCAACACUUGUAUGGUCUGUGCCUGUGGGAAGGAAGGGGAUCUGGGCAGGAAAUUGCACUUGGAAUUUACUCAUUUUUUCCUACUAUCCUCACAGGGAGAAAAAGAACAUGA